AUGAUCACUAGAUUCUUGGACUACUUCUACUUUUCCUUUUAUCUCAAGCGCACGAGUAGCAGCAGCCCCAUUAAUUUCAGCUGCCAAAGAAAUCACUUUAGCUGCUGCCAAGAUAUCAUCGAGAACCUGAUCAGGUUUCAUUACAGCGUGGCCUCCGCUGUGUUGUGUGGCCGCCCCUUUACCGUCACACCGGGAGUUCGGAGCUCUGGGCCCGGCCCGGCCCGGCCCGGCCCGGCCCGCUCGGGCCGAGCGGCGCUGGGGGCGCCCCGGAACGGUGGCAGCCGCGGAACGCCCGGCGCGCCGGCCGCGAGCCCGCCCGGAGCGCUGAGGCUGCUGCACCGCGGCGCCGGAAAAAGGCUCGCUCGUCAUGUAUCUUUGAUUUCUUUUCAGCCAAAGUUACGAAAACCUCAAGGAGGGAAGCAAGAAAAAAAAGUUAUCCAUCCCUACAGCAGAAAAGCUGCACAGCUUGCAAGGGAAGUACACAAACAGGAGAAGAAAGAAAAGUUGAAGACUGACAAAGCUUUGCGUUUAAGUAUUAUUGGAGAAAAACUACAAUGGUUUCAAAGUCACCUUGACCCUGAUAAAAUCGAGUACACAAAGAAGGAAGCUGGUGAACUAAUUGAAAAUUAUAUGUGUCGAUUCAAUGCUGAAUUGGAGCAGAUUGAAUUACAAAACAGUAUUAAAGGCAGACAAGGAAGACAGCAUGGUUCACGGGAAACUGUCAUCAAGCAGACAAUAGAACGUGAAAGACAGCUCUAUGAGGGCUAUGGAAUAGAAAUCCCGGAUAUUAUGAACAGAAAGCAUCUUAAAUUUUUCAGAGAAUGGGAUGGUGAUCUGAGGAAAUUGCCAAACAUCAAAAUGAAAAAGCUCUCAGCUAGGGAUGCUGCGUGCAGUCACCCUGAGGUGACAGAUGGAGAAGCAAAAGAAGACUUGAAUGAAGAAGAAGAGGUGGGCCCUGAUGAGCACCAGCUAAUUCAAGAGCUGAAAUAGUGAAGGGAAUUGUAAGAAACCUAUUUUAAUUUUCAAUGGAAACAAAAAUAAAAUUUAACUAUAUUUCUAAAGGC